GGACAUUUUCUCAAUAUGCGACGUGCGGGACAAGGGGUGAAAAUGCUGUGCGGUACAACGCAAAGCGCGACGGGUGCUCACCCUAGUGCCAGGACUGUAAUGGCGGCGCCGUUGACGUACGAUUCAGCGGCCAAUGCGCGUUCUAGGUAUUUAUUACGUCUAUGCGCAGGUUACGUACGCUAUUUGCGUACGACUACGUUGGCAUUUGUCUGUGUGCUUGCUCGUCCCAUCUUCUUUGCUGAGUGUGACCGCCGGACGCUGUCUGCAUUGCUUACAGGGAUAAUGGCUGUUCCUCCAACGUACGUUGACCUGGGCAAAUCCGCCAGGGACAUUUUCACCAAAGGAUAUGGAUUUGGUCUAAUCAAGUUGGACUUAAAAACGAGAUCAGAAAAUGGUUUGGAAUUCAAAAGCUCUGGCUCAGCGAACACGGAGACCAGUAAGGUGGCUGGGACGCUGGAGACCAAAUACAAGUGGGCCGAACACGGUCUGACUUUCACUGAAAAGUGGAACACUGACAACACUCUCGGGACGGAGAUAACCCUCGAGGACCAGUUGGCCAAAGGACUGAAGCUGACGUUCGAUUCCUCAUUUUCUCCAAACACGGGCAAAAAGAGCGGUAAGAUCAAGAGCAGCUUCCAGCGUGAGCACAUUAACCUGGGCUGUGAUGUGGACCACGACAUCAACGGCACGGCGGUGCACGGAGCCGCGGUUGUGGGCUUUGAGGGCUGGCUCGCCGGUUACCAGAUGACGUUUGAAGCCGGGAGGAACCGCAUCACUCAGAGCAACUUUGCCGUCGGCUACAAGACUGACGAGUUUCAGCUCCACACAAACGUGAAUGAUGGCACAGAGUUUGGUGGCUCAAUUUAUCAGAAGGUGAAUGAUAACCUGGAGACAGCCGUGAAUCUGGCCUGGACUGCUGGCAACAGCAACACACGCUUCGGCAUCGCUGCCAAGUAUCAGAUCGAUGCCGAGGCUUCCUUCUCGGCCAAAGUGAACAAUUCUUGUCUUGUUGGUCUUGGGUAUACUCAAACCUUAAAACCCGGUAUUAAACUGACCCUAUCUGCUCUUCUGGAUGGGAAGAACAUCAAUGCUGGUGGUCACAAACUGGGUUUGGGUCUCGAGUUUGAGGCGUAGGCGGCCCAGGAUUGCAAUUAUCCUGAAAUGAUUUUUUUUUAAUACCUCCCUUCACAAACCUUGUUUAUCUUAGAUGCCCUGGCUAAGGAAAUGUAUUAUUCUCACGGCUCACGGUUUCAGAGAGAGAAACAACUGUGCAUUUAAGAAGAGUAUCUAUGAAAUUAAAGACCUAAUGAAUUUUCAAUACACUACAUUUAAUAUUAUUUAUUACAGCACUGAUCAUGACGGAGAUUUUACAGAGGUUUAUUUUUUGGCUUGGAAACAGCUGGUAAUAGUACGGUACAACAUUCCAGAUCCACAGUUUCUGUGAAGAUCACUAAACCCCCUCACAGAAGGGACCAGAAUUCACUCUGCUGUAGGAGCCCUUCACUCUUUAGCUAUAGACACCAGACCAGAAGUGUGAUUAGUGUUUGUGUCUCGUCUGUCUCUGUAUGUGUUUGCGUGAAAUCAGAUAUGAAUCUUAUCCAUUUGUUACAUGUAUAGUUUUACUGCUGGGUACUGCCUUUACCUACAUCUGUCCCUGAACAAACAUCAGAUGUCCCAGGGAAAAAGCUUCUUGUGAAAUGUCUUCCAUUUUUAAGUGUAGGUUUAUGGUAAUGUUGAUUUAGAGGGAUGUUUCAUUUUAGUUGAAUAAAACCUUUCAACAUUCA